GAAGACCCUCGUGGCACCCUGCUCGGUCCCAUGGUCAACAUGCAAGUCGUCGGUGAUGCCAUUUGCCUGCCCAUCGCGCCUUAUGCUGCAGACAAGUUUGGCCGACAAUACCUUAUCUUCAGAGGGGCUGUGCACAGAAGGGCUAGCAUAUUUAUUGCCGGGCGAUUCUUCAUCGACUUAGGCGCAGGCUUUAUGUAUACCGCUGCUCCUCCUUUCAUCGGAGAGUUGGCCUAUCCAACACAUCGACUAAUUAUCACCGCCUAUUGGGGAGCCAUCGUUGCUGCUUGGUCCACGUAUGGCACUUUUAGGAUAUCAAGUGACUGGAGCUGGCAAAUCCCUUCGCUCCUCCAGGCCCUUGUCUCUGUCUUUCAGUUUGUCAUGAUCUAUUUUGUUCCCGAGAGCCCUAGAUGGCUUAUUGUAAACGGAGGAACGGAAGAACCUACCAAGAUUCUAAGCAAAUAUCAUAGCGGGACCGAAGAGCCGACUGAGCUGGUAUCGGUUCAGGUAGCCGAAAUUACAUGUGCCCUUGAGUUGGAGCGUUCAAUGGAAUCCGCUUCCUAUCUCCAGUUUUUCCGAACA